UGCUGGGUGCGCGGCGGCAGAGAGCGAGGCCUGGUGAGCACCGCGGGGGCGCGGGCCGGCUCUUCGAGAUUGUGUGCGGGGAAAGGCUCGGCGGGCGGGCGAGCAAGCAAGCACCACCGUUGGCACCGGGGGCGGUUGCCUGGAGCCUGAUGAGUUCCAAAAGUGGAAUUACUGCAUCCUAGGGUGUGGAUUCCUAAAACUCUUGAAAUCAUGACUACCCCAGGAAAAGAGAACUUUCGCCUGAAAAGUUACAAAAAUAAGUCCCUGAAUCCUGAUGAGAUGCGAAGAAGGAGAGAGGAAGAAGGAUUGCAGUUACGCAAGCAGAAAAGAGAAGAGCAGUUAUUCAAGCGAAGAAAUGUUGCUACAGCAGAAGAAGAAACAGAAGAAGAUGUUAUGUCAGAUGGAGGCUUUCAUGAGGCUCAGAUUAAUAACAUGGAGAUGGCACCAGGUGGUGUUAUUACGUCUGACAUGAUUGAAAUGAUAUUUUCUAAUAGCCCAGAGCAACAACUUUCAGCAACACAGAAAUUCAGAAAGCUGCUUUCAAAAGAACCCAAUCCUCCUAUUGAUGAAGUCAUCAGCACACCAGGAGUAGUGGCCAGGUUUGUGGAGUUCCUCAAACGAAAAGAGAAUUGUACACUGCAGUUUGAAUCAGCUUGGGUACUGACAAAUAUUGCUUCAGGAAAUUCUCUUCAGACCCGAAUUGUGAUUCAGGCAGGAGCUGUGCCUAUCUUCAUAGAGUUGCUCAGCUCAGAGUUUGAAGAUGUUCAAGAACAGGCAGUCUGGGCUCUUGGCAACAUUGCUGGAGAUAGUACCAUGUGCAGGGACUAUGUCUUAGACUGCAAUAUUCUUCCCCCUCUUUUGCAGUUAUUUUCAAAGCAAAACCGCCUGACCAUGACCCGGAAUGCAGUAUGGGCUUUGUCUAAUCUAUGUAGAGGGAAAAGUCCACCUCCAGAAUUUGCAAAGGUUUCCCCCUGUCUCAAUGUCCUGUCCUGGUUGCUGUUUGUCAGUGACACCGAUGUACUGGCUGAUGCCUGCUGGGCUCUCUCAUAUUUAUCAGAUGGACCCAAUGAUAAAAUUCAAGCAGUCAUUGAUGCAGGAGUAUGUAGGAGACUUGUGGAGCUGCUGAUGCAUAAUGAUUAUAAAGUGGUUUCUCCUGCUUUGCGGGCUGUGGGAAAUAUUGUCACAGGGGAUGAUAUUCAGACACAGGUAAUUUUGAAUUGCUCAGCUCUGCAGAGUUUAUUGCAUUUACUGAGUAGCCCAAAAGAAUCUAUCAAAAAGGAAGCAUGUUGGACAAUAUCUAAUAUCACAGCUGGAAAUAGGGCACAGAUCCAGACUGUGAUAGAUGCCAACAUUUUUCCAGCCCUCAUUAGUAUAUUACAAACCGCGGAGUUUCGGAUAAGGAAAGAAGCAGCUUGGGCCAUCACAAAUGCAAUUUCUGGAGGGUCAGCUGAACAGAUCAAGUACCUCGUAGAACUGGGUUGUAUCAAGCCACUCUGUGAUCUCCUCACAGUCAUGGACUCUAAGAUUGUACAGGUUACCCUAAAUGGCUUGGAAAAUAUCCUGAGGCUUGGAGAACAAGAAGCCAAAAGGAAUGGCACUGGCAUUAACCCUUACUGUGCUUUGAUUGAAGAAGCUUAUGGUCUGGAUAAAAUUGAGUUCUUACAGAGUCAUGAAAACCAGGAGAUCUAUCAGAAGGCUUUUGAUCUUAUUGAGCAUUACUUCGGGACGGAGGAUGAGGACAGCAGCAUUGCACCCCAGGUUGACCUUAGCCAGCAGCAGUAUAUCUUCCAGCAGUGUGAGGCUCCUAUGGAAGGUUUCCAGCUUUGAAGCAAUACUCUGCUUUCAUGUUCCUGUGUCAGACCAGGCUACCCAGUCAAGUCCUCUUGUGGAGCCCGCAGUCCUCAUGGAGCUAACUUCUCAAAUGUUUUCCAUAAUACUGUUUGCGCUCAUUUGCUUGCCUUGCGCACCUGCUCUCUUACACACAUCUGGAAAACCUCUGGCUCUCUGUGGUGGAAUACCCUUCUAAUAAAAAGGGUAACCAGAACGGCCCACUCUCUCAUGGAAAAUCCCUAGGCUUUGGAGAUCCGCACUUAAAUAUUAUAAGAGUCAUGGGAAUAUACACUUAUUAAUGUGGCUCCCUUUUUUUGUGGGGGAAAAAAGAGGACUCCUCCUCAUUCCCUUUAAAGUGGGGAAAAAUACUGAUAUUAAAAAGAUGGGACUAAACCUUUAUCUUGAAUUUCAUACAACUACUUGCAACAAGGGAGGUGUUUAGACCUGUUGUGUAUACUUCAGAGUACUUUUCAUGAGUUCUUCCACAGUGAACCCUUGGAUUACCUGGUGGCUUUUUCUAGCCAAAUUUGCAUUAAUCCUUACUGAGACUGGGAUGGUUUCUUUCCUGUAUUGGCGCCAUUCUUCACAGAUAUUAAAGUUAAACCAUCCGCUCCCUCACCUUCAGCCUUCAGUGAAUGUGCUUUCUAGUUGUCAGGAAUGCUGAAGAAUUAACAUUUUGACUCUUAAAUGUGAUACUGGUUUGAAGAUUCCCUUAGAGCAGAAAGGAGAGGGGCACAUAGUAAUUUGUAUGGCUGUCACUUCUCUUUGAUCUUAUGUGUUUUAGGAUUUGGAAGUGGUUCAAUUCUUAUGCUGGUAAGAAGAGUUAGAAUCCUUAGUAAUGAAAACCAUAUCCUUAAUUCAAUAAAAAAGUGAAAACAAACAAAAACCCUUUGGUUUUCCCAAACUCAACCAGUGUGACGGAAAGGCUGUGUUUCUGCAUUAAAACAUGUUUCAGGCUUUGUGGUCCUGAUCGAGGUCCUUACUAAAUUGGACUUCACCCUAGGUGCUUUUCCCCUUUGUGAUUGGCAGAUAACAUACUUUUAAAGGUUACUUAAGGAAAGUUUUUUUUCUUAGUUGGGUGAGCUUGAUUCAAAUGUAGUCAUGCUGCAUAUAUGAUCCCUUUAAUGUAGCAUCCUUACCCUACAUAACUAUCUUCUCAACAUUACCUGUUGAACCCAGAUAAGAGCAGUGAUCCUUUCUUAUAACCUUAUUGUUCCUUAAUCAUUUCAUUUCAUCUCCUAUUAGUACUGCCCAGUCAAGUCUCCCCAUUAAAUUAAAACAGUUCCUACCUUCUGGCUCAUUUAAUGAUGACUGCAAUCUGUACCUGCAAAUGGCGCUUCCAGUGCUGUCUUCGGUGAUCUACAUUUGUGCUUGGACUGAACAAAAAAAUAAGCUUAAAUUGCCAAGAGAACUGCAGCUGAGUUCAGUACAACUCCUUGGUGCUAGUUGGCCAUCUUGACUCAAUGUUGGGACACACUAUCUGAGAUUUUUUGUCAAUGUGCUGUUCAAAAAGAAUUCUGAUGAAGGAAAAGUUCCUCACUUCUGUUUUAGAAAAUACCCUUUCACACCUCUUUAAUCUUGUCCUCUUCUAGCAUUCAUUUUAACCCCAAAGUGUAACUGUUUGGAAGUUCUCCUGACAAGUUAUUAUACAUCUCUGGUAAAUCCUGCUGAAUGUUAGGGAUAUUCAGAGCUUUCAUACCUCAUCAUGUUACUUAAGCAACCAACUUAUGCGACCUGAUUUAAAAAAAUCCACUUCAUUCAAAGUAGAAAGAUACAAAGACAAAGGACAUUUAUCAGCCCAGCGUGUGAUGCAUUCUUCAAAUCUAGUCUGUAGUUGUGUCUGUGCUCUGGAUGGAUACUGUCUGAUGUCUAUCUGUUACUGAUGGAGCAGCCACUGCAAAACUAGUCAACGCCCUUCUAUAACUGUUACUUUCUCUAGUGCUGCUUUGUGCUGAAAGAACAUUUUAGUUUAUUGCACUUGACCUGUAAGAGACUUUGAUUCUUUGUAAUUUUAGGGACAAAUUAGGUGGUUAAUUUAAAGAAAAACUUUCAAUGUUGCCUUUACAUUACAUUAAACUAACUUCUUUCAGAAGGAUAAUAGAAGCACUGAUUCAUAGUAAAAACCUUGUUUUUAGCUUUGACUUUUUUUGUGGCUGAGUUUUUUAAAUUGUAAAUUACUGGUAACAUCAUUUCUCUAGGGUGUUUUAAAUCAUGUACCUUCUGUUGGAUAGUUAAAAAAAAUUACACUUCAUUUUGAUAAACCACUUUGAAUGGAAAAAAUAUAAAGCACACACACAGUUGUUUCCCCACGUUGUUAGAAUAGUAUUCACUGAGAAUUUUUGCUAGCAACUGCAGGUGUCUCAAUGAAUGAAUUAAAACAAAGCCCAUCUAA